UUGCUGGCCAAAGACACCACCGGCUACCGCAAUCUGACCAAGCUCGUCUCCAAGGGCUAUCUCGAAGGCUACUACUACAAUCCCCGCAUAGACAAGGAGCUUUUGCGCGAACACGCCGAGGGCCUAAUCUGCAUGUCGGCCUGCAUCGGCGGCGAGAUUCCGCAUCUGAUCCAGCGCGAAGGGCUAGCCGCAGCCGAAACGGUCGCCCGCGAAUUUAUGGAUAUCUUUGGCGACGACUACUACUUGGAGAUCCAGCGCCACGACAUCGACCCCGAAGCCAAGGUGAACGACGGCCUGCUCAAGCUGCACCACAAGCUGGGAGUGCCGUUGGUGGCCACCAACGACUUCCACUUCCUCCGCGCCACCGACCACGACGCCCACGACGCCCUGAUCUGCAUUCAGACCGGCAAGACGGUUGACGAGAAAAAUCGCCUGUGCUAUCCCGCCGGACUCUACAUGAAGAGUCCCGAAGAGAUGCAAACGCUGUUUGCGGAUUUGCCCGACGCGCUGGAGCGGACCCUCGAAAUUGCCGACAAGUGCAACGUCGAGCUCGAGUUCGGGAAAACCUAUAUGCCGAAUUUUCCGAUCCCGGCUGGCUACGCUUCUAGCGACGACUAUCUGACGCAACUGGCGCAGGAGGGUUUGGAGCGGCGCUACGGCACCGUCGAUCCAGCCGUGCAAGAGCGGCUCGACUACGAGCUAAGCGUCAUCACCAGCCAGGAUUUUUCCGGCUAUUUCCUCAUUGUCUGGGACCUUAUCAACUACGCCCGCCAGCAGGACAUCUCCCGCUUCCUCAAUCCCGAGCGCAUUGAGCCGCCCGAUAUCGACAUCGACUUUGACGAUACUCGGCGCGACGAAGUGCUGCGCUAUGUGGUGGAUAAAUACGGCAAGGACAAUGUCUCACAGGUCAUCACGUUUGGGACUAUGGGGGCUAAAGCGGUAGUGCGCGAUGUCGGGCGGGUUUUGGGCAUGUCCCUUGGCGAGGUUGAUCGCAUCGCCAAGCUGGUGCCGACCGAACUGAAAAUCACCCUCGACAAGGCCAUCGAACGGGUGCCCGAGCUACAGCAGAUAGCCCAAGCGCCUGGCAACGAGGGCAAGCUGGUCGAAUACGCCCGCAAGCUGGAGGGCACGGCGCGCCACGCCUCGGUCCACGCCUGCGCUGUCAUCAUCGCCCCCGGCGAACUGACCGAUUACGUGCCGCUCUAUCGCUCCCCCAAAGACGGGAGGAUAACCACCCAGUUCGUCGGCGAGACCUGCAUGGAUAUCGGCUUGCUGAAGAUGGACAUCUUGGGCUUGAAAGAGCUUUCGCUGGUCGAUGAGGCCGUGCGCCUGAUUCAACUCAAGGAGCCGGACUUUGAUUUGGAAACCCUGCCGUGGGACGACCGGGCCACUUUCGACCUGUUCGGGCGCGGCGAGACGAUCGGCGUUUUCCAGUUUGAGUCAGCGGGGAUGCGCGAAUACCUGAUCAAGCUCAAGCCGGACACCAUCGAAGACAUUAUCGCCAUGAACGCCCUCUAUCGCCCAGGGCCGAUGGACAAUAUCCCGACCUUCAUCGCCCGCAAGCGCGGCGAAGAGCCCGUCUCCUACGACCAUCCCAAGUUAGAGUCGAUUUUGGAGCCGACCUAUGGGAUUAUGGUCUAUCAGGAGCAGGUCAUGCGCAUUGCCCAAGAGCUGGCCGGUUUCACCCUCGGCCAAGCCGAUAUUCUGCGCAAGGCAAUGGGCAAGAAAAAGCCCGAGGAAAUGGCUAAGGUCAAAAAAGACUUCGUCGGCGGCUGCGUCGCACACGAGGUGGAAAAGACAUUGGCCAACAAGCUGUUCGGCGAGAUCGAAAUUUUUGCCGGCUAUGCCUUCAACAAGUCGCACGCGGUCUGCUAUGCCGAAGGCGCGUACAAAAACGCGUACCUCAAGGCCAAUUAUCCCCAAGAGUACAUGGCCGCCAGCCUGACCAUUGAGCGCGGCAACACCGACCGGCUGACCAUCUUGCUCGACGACUGCCGCCGCAUGGGCAUUCGAGUUAUGCCGCCGGACAUCAACCAGAGUACGCUCAACUUCACGCCGACGGACGAGGGCAUUCGCUAUGGCUUGGCGGCAAUAAAAAACGUCGGCGAGGGCGCGGCGCAGAGCAUGGUCGAUACGCGGAUUGCCGACGGACCUUUUACUACCCUUUUCGAAUUCUGCGAGCGCAUCGAUUUACGCGCAGUCAACCGGCGCGUGGUCGAGAGUCUGAUUGCCGCUGGGGCAUUGGACGGCCUCGAAGGCCAUCGCGCGCAAAGAUGGAAGCCCUCGAAUCGGCGUUCAAGGCCGCAGGCAAGGCCCAGGAAGCCCGCGAGAAGGGGCAGAUCAGCCUCUUCGACGGCGGCGGCUCGUCCGAAUUGGUGGCGCAGGACUUGCCCAAUGUCGAGGAGUGGCCCGAGCGCGAGAAGCUGGCCAAAGGAACGCGAUCUAUUGGGCUUCUAUAUCUCCAGCCAUCCGCUCAAGCCCUACGCUCGCGACUUAAAAAACUUCGCGCGGCCCCUAAGCGAGAUAGACGGGCAGCACAACGGCGCGCCGUUGCGGGUCGGCGGCCUAGUCGAGGAGGUGCGCAAGCUCUUUGACCGCCGCGGCAAUCCCUUUGCCUUUGUCACGCUCAAAGACCUCAACGACACGGGCGAUAUCGCGUUUUUCGCCGAAGCCUUUGCCAACCACCAACAGCUACUCGUGGAAGGCGAAACCAUCCUCGUAGAGGGCCGCGUGUACGAGCGCAACGGACGCCUGAGUGUACAGGCCGACCGCGCCCUGCCCCUCAAAUCGGCGCGGGCGGAACUGACCAAGUCCGUCACCUUGUCGCUGCCCUACCAGAAAGUGGGCGACCCUCUGCUUAGCCGGCUACGCCACCUCUGCGAGCGUCACAUGGGCGAUUGCGAGUUGUGGCUCCAGCUCAAAAACGGCGACGAGCAGGACAAAAUGGUGCGCUCGAAGACGAUUCGCGUCGAUCCCUGCGACGAUUUGCUGCGCGGCAUUGAGGAAUUGAUCGGCCCCCGAUCCACCCGGCUGGAGCCCAAAAUGCAAGCGCCCGUGGGCUUCCGCCAUUCCAGUUGA